CAACCUGAAGUGAGACAUUGCAUUCACUUGACAACUUAAAUCAUUCAGAGUAGGACGUGUGGAAGGAGGUCUUACAAAUAUAAUUUUUUUAUGUGUGUUAUAGGACUCUGUUAAUUAAAAAUGUUCAAAAAUACUUUCCAGAGUGGGUUCUUAUCAAUACUUUACAGUAUUGGAAGCAAACCAUUGCAAAUAUGGGACAAAAAGGUACGGAAUGGACACAUAAAACGUAUCACAGACAAUGAUAUUCAGUCACUAGUAUUAGAAAUUGUUGGAACAAAUGUUAGUACAACAUAUAUCACAUGUCCAGCAGACCCAAAGAAAACCCUUGGUAUCAAAUUGCCAUUUUUAGUGAUGAUAAUAAAGAAUUUAAAGAAAUACUUCACAUUUGAAGUUCAGGUACUCGACGAUAAGAAUGUACGAAGGAGAUUCCGAGCUAGUAACUACCAGAGCACGACGAGAGUAAAGCCAUUUAUUUGUACUAUGCCUAUGAGAUUGGAUGAUGGUUGGAAUCAGAUUCAGUUCAAUUUGUCAGACUUUACGAGAAGAGCAUAUGGAACAAACUACAUUGAAACACUCCGUGUACAGAUCCAUGCAAACUGCCGAAUCCGCCGUGUUUACUUCUCAGAUAGAUUAUAUUCAGAAGACGAAUUACCUGCAGAGUUCAAGCUUUAUUUACCUGUGCAAAACAAAGGAAACCCACAAGGGAUAGGACAAAUGAAACAAUAACAUCACCACACACUUUAACCAUUUUUAUCAUUGUACAUACCUUGGAAAAUUUCUACUCAAGGACUUGUUUUAAGAGGAAAAUCCUUAAAAUUGCCUUAAAGAACAAAAACAUUUUAACAUCCAGGUAGACAUUUUAAUGAAAAAUUACAAAGUGAUAUACAUGAAAUUAUUUGUUAAUUAUUUUUUAAAACCGUUAUUAAUUAAACAUUGCAUUGUGAAGAAAAAUGUGUUUAAGUGUUCAAUUAGAAAUAUUUAGAAAAGUUUUUAACGUAUGUUUGUUAGAGGGAAUACGGUAGUUGUUUUUAUACAACUGUUGUGCUAUAAACGGGACAAAAUGUACCCUGAGCUUGUGAUAGCCACAUGAUCUGAUUUUGAUUAUGUUUUGUCUACAGAAUUCUUAGCCAUGUGCUGAUUGUUUGAAAGGGAAAGCUAGAUGUAUGUGAUAUUGAAUGAGUAGACAUAUAAUUUUGUUUUAUGUUGAAAUUAACAUAAGACAUAGUUAGAAAGAAUGUUGAUUUAAUUGUGGUAAAAAUGAAAAAUGGAAAGUCAGAUAUCAAAAUGAUUUUGUCUUAUUUUUAGUCAUCUCGAAAGAGAUUUUCGUUGAAACUGACAAAAACAAGACAUAUUGCAAUUCCAAAUGUUUAAAACAAUCCAGUUGUUACCAAUAUUAAACAGUUAAUCGGGGCCAUUGUGAAAUUUGACGGUUCAAUUUCACUAAAACAAGUAUCAUUAUUUUUCAUUUCCUCAAUUUUUUUAAUUCAAGGUACUUUUCAUGAAAAGCAUUUACCUGACUUUGAUUUUCUGUUAAGAUAUUAUGACAUUCAGUUGCAAUAUCAUUAAAUUAUUAAAUGUUUAAUGAUUUGUUUUUAAAAGUGUUUGUAUUCCAAAGUGGUUUAAGAGUUCGCAUAUUAUUUUAAAGUAAAUGUUAUGUCAUUCCAGUUACACUUUCGCAUUUUAUUAUUCUUUGUACAUAAAUAUACAUCAUAGAAAAAAUAAAAAAAUGUAUAACUAUUUAA